GAGAAGAGGGCCGUGCCGUGUCCUAGAGCCCAGGCGUCCGUGUCCGCCAUGAUGAUGAACGAGUCGGAAGAACGGUCUACGAGCGACCCCAAAGAUCGUGCGACGCUUGCGUUGCCUCUGCUGAGUCGGGACAACAAUACCUGGGAGCAAUUUCAAGGGGCCAAUAUCGUCGCGGAUACGGCUCACCGAGGCGAGUGGAACGAUGACAACAGUCGUGGUCUGCUCUGGCGCCUGCUCCUCGGGGUGGUACCGAGGGACUCGCCCCCUUCAGAGUGGGCGACGGAGAUGGCCAACAAGCGGGGGGAAUACCGUCGGCUAAAGGCGGAGCACAGGGUAGACAUUUCGAAAGUGUUGGACACGACGGAUCCCAUGUCCGCAAACCCGCUGUUUUCAGGAUCAGGAUCAGGCGAUGAUCCAUGGAGUCAUUUUUAUGAGCGGAAGGAGAUGACAGAUACGAUCAAGGCUGACCUGGAGAGGUUGUUUCCCACCGGCUGCGGCGACCACUUCCUGGCCCCGGCGAGACAGGAACUCCUCCUCAGCGUUCUCUCGGUGUGGGCGGACUUGAACACGGGGACGGCGUACCGGCAGGGUAUGCACGAAGUCCUGGCCCCGCUCAUCCUGGUACUAGAGAAAGAAGUCGCCGCAGCUACACGGGCAGAGGCCAUCGCUGGAGACUCCACUGCUGCUGCCACCGCUGCUGCCGUUGGGGAGGAGGGCGGGGCGGCAGCCGCAGCUGUCGCAGCAGCAGCAGCAGCAGCAGUGAAAGCAUCGCCGUGGGUAGGGAAGUCGAUCGUCAACGGGGAGCCGUUGAACGCGGGUACACACCCUGCCUUUGCCGCCAUCCUCGGACACGGCUCCACACCGGAAGACCUCGAAGCGGACGCUUUCUGGCUCUUCAGCGCCGUCAUGAGCGGACUGGAGAGGUUUUACGAGCACGGGGAGAAGGCUACCUCGACCUCGGCACUGGGAGCGGGCCGCGGCGGCGGGGAAGGGGGUAGCGUCGACUCGCCCGUGGUGGAAAUGUGCAAGCGGCUGCAGGGGGUGCGGAUGCGAGCGGCUGACCCAGAGCUGCAGCAGCACCUGUCGCAUCUCGACAUUAGCCCUCAGGCAGGUUAUCUGAAACUUUACGGCAUGAAGUGGGCGCGGCUGAUGUUCGGGCGAGAGUUCCGCGUGGAAGGGGUGCUGGUGCUGUGGGAUCAUAUCUUCGCUUCAUCGUGGAUCGAAGGUCAACCCGAUGUGCCAGAGUGCAUCGAGAACGUCGCCGUUGCCAUGGUUGUAUCGAUACGCCACCAGCUGCUGGCAGAAGACUGCACCGGUUGCCUGCAGCUCCUCAUGCGGUACCCGCCAGACCAGGACGUUUCCACUGCCAUAUCCUUGUCCCUCUCGCUGGCCAAGGGUCAGUCUUUAGCGGCUUUUGAGCGAUCCACCGAACCCAGCUCUUUCUCUGCCGCAUCUUCUGGACGAGCGGCGCCGUCCUCCUCCUCAGAGAUCCAGCAAGAGCCUGCUCCUGUGUGGCUGAACCGGGGCGGGAGAGGCCAUGGCAUUAUUUCCGGCCGCAGUCCUUCUGCGACCGGUAGAGCAGGCCACGCGCCGUCGGAAUGGCGAAGAGACGACGGAGGCGGCGGCGGGGUGGGGGGAGCGGGGGCAGGCGGACGGGCAAGGGCGUUUGGGCGGGACGAGCGGCUGGAGACUGAGCGAGAAGCCAAGAACAACUGGCAGCAAGGGCUAGAUGAGUUUACUCGAAGGGCCAUGUCGGCAGCCCAAGGCGUGGCGAAGCUAGCGGUGCAGACUGUAGAGCGAACUCAAGGGGGGGGCGACCCGAGACAUCUACGAACGGCGGGAGGGGUGCCAGCGUCCGAGGCCUUAUCGCUCUCCCGACGGCUUAGGACAGCGUGCGCCAAGUUGGAGACUGGCGAGACGCCCGUAAGCCUAGCUGCACAAGAGAUCAAGGAGGUCGCGAGAAUACUCGAGGCGCGAUCGGGAGCCCCCAGCGUUAGAGAGCCGCUUCGCUCGACCAAUAGCAUGGGAAGUGGGGGGGGGGGGCAAGGCGUUACCCGAGCAUUCUCGACCUAUUCUGAGGAUGAUGGCUGCGCAGAUGCCUUGUACACUCAAGACUUGUGACAUGGGGGGAGAGACUGCUGUUUUUUAGGCGAAAAAGUGCUUAGCGAAUGGGAGAGAGCAACAUUCACAUUUGAUAGAAGACGUAUUGGGUAAUUAAGUGACCUGUUGAAUUACCAAUCCUUCCUGACAGGUAGUUAGUUCCACCCCCGGCAUUGCGCCGCUGUCCAUUCUCCACUAGCCGAGCCUUGCGCGGACACGAUCAACGAGACAUAGCAGUAGAUCUCCUGCCUAUAGCC